CGGGACCGGGGGCGGCGUGUCGGCGGAGGGGCGGACGAGCCCACGGCGCGGCACCCCCCGCGCCCCCCGCCCCCCAGCGACUGCGGAGAAUGAGCACCUCGGGCCGCGGAGCGCAGCCGGAGAAGGAACCCCGAUGAUCUCGGGCUGAGCCCGGGCCCGUGACCAUGUCGGUGGCCUUCGCGUCCGCACGGCCGAGAGGCAAAGGGGAGGUCACACAGCAAACCAUCCAGAAGGUGGUUCCUGUGCAGAGUGCCAGUUGCUGUGGGCUCCUCAUGUUUCUCUUCAGUUGGAGAUCGCUGUGGGGUCAGGGGCCCUGGGGUCAAGGAUGGGGACUCCAUGGAGCUGGGGGGCUUCCUGGGCUCAAAUUCUUGUUCUGCUGAUAGCCAAGCGUAGCCUUCUGCGCCUCAGCUUCCUUGUUUUAAAUGAGGGUGACGUGUGAGCUCACAGGUCAUCUUCUGGUUAGACGAUGUCGCCUGGCACAGGAAGGUGCUCAGCAUUGUAACUGAUCGUCUUCAGCCUCUGGAUCAGACGUUUGGCCAGAAUUUGUCAGUAGCAUUCUGAAAGGGAGGUGAGGGUUCCAUUCUGAGCUGCAGGAAGCCGUCUCCAGGUCCACAGUUGUGUGAAGCAGACAGUGUAGCUGUCUGGGUCCAGCCGUGGCGGGUUUAAUGCAGUGCGCACCUCCCUCUCCAGUGCAGGAGCUCUCACAGGCGCAGAGUGGUUUUGCUGUGCUGUGGUCACACGUUUGUAAGUAUCCCCAACACUGAAGACGAGAAAUGACUCCUGCAUGGCCUGAGGAAGAUGAAAGUGUGUUUCCUGUUGCAGUAACGUUAAGUAUGUUUCACAGUGUCCUGAGAGUUUUUUGGAAGUUGGAUAUGUGUGUCAAACACAGAGGUUGGACCAUAGGCAGGCCCAGCUCCUCCCAAGGACACUGCAUGUGUGUAAGGUUUGGGUUUUUGAAACCCACACACCUAAUUCACAUACUCUGCAGUUGGGUACAUGCUCAGAGGGGUCGUUGGCUUCCAUCAGCGCUUCUGGGCACUGGCUCAGCCUCUGGUGAAGCUUAACCAGCUGCCCAGGUAGCCAGGGCUCAUCCCUCUGCACCUCAGGCUGCUCCCAGGAGUUCAUCUGGCACCUGCGUCUGCCCCUGUGUGGGGCAUGCAUCGCGGCCACCUUGCAGAAGUGGAAGAUGGGAGACCAACCGAAUACCAUAUGGGAUUUCUCUGGAGCUGAGGAAGCAGUGAGGUGGGAUCUUUAUGCACCCAUACAGGACCAUCUCCAAGACAUCAGAGAGGAAAGGGCAUGACGUAGACCAGUGGGAAGGGAACGUCUCCAUGUGUUUGCACAGUGAGGGGGGAUGCGUCCAGAAGGAGCAGGGGUUGGCUAGCUCUGGUGGCCUCGGGUGGGCGGCACGAGGCCCACCGCUCACUUGGGGCUACCUGAACUUCAGCACGCCCGUGAGCCUCUUCCCCUUUAGACAGAAAGCAACAAAUCUUUGUUAAUUAAAAGAACAGCCACAAGGCCAUUGUGACGGAUCUUUCUGCCCUGCCCAUUGUGGGGUGACCUGAGCCCCCCGUGAGCAGUGAUCCUCGAACUCCCAGAUCUCUCUGUGCCCCCCUUCCAGGGCCACACCCGGCUUGUCAUGGGGUCUGCUCACUCUUCAGAGAUCCUCACCCGCCUUUACCCAGUGGCCCCAGCCCCUGUCCCCUACUCUCUUUGUGGGCUCUGGGACCCCCAGUCCCUCCCCUUUCCCAGUCUCUGUCGUCCUUCCCCACCCAGUCAGGACUGCCCGUGUGGCCUGAGCAGUUCUAGGCCUGUCCCCUGUGCCAGCCCUGCCUCCUGGCCUACGUGUUCUCACUGUGGGAUGUCCGUGGGAAGCGUGCCCCGGCCCUCCAAGCCUGUUGCUCGUCGAUUCCCUCACAGCCAAUCCCAAGCCUUUGUAAAGCCUGCGUGGUAGCUUGUUACGGAGACGGGAGUGACAUCUCUCACCUCUGUGCCCCGUGUUCCUGCUCCCACGUGGACACUGGGCUUGGCCUCGUGACACUCUGACCACUGGGACAUCAGCCAGCGUGACACAACAGAGGCUUGAUAAGUGCUUGUGCACGGGGGCUGCCCCCUGGGAGCCCUGAGACCACCAGGAUGACCACAUGGAGAAAGAGGCACAGGCCCCCCAGCUUUCCCACAAGGUCAGCACCCCACCGACUCCAGUGGUGAGCCCACGUGAGACCAGCAGCAGACGCGCCCAGACAGCCCAGGAUCAUGAGAACUAGGAAAUGGUUGUUUUAACCACAGCGUGUGGGCAGCUUUGUCAUGCAGCAGCGUGAAACAGACGUGCCCACGUGCAUCGUGACCUUGGUCCCGUCAGCCUCUGCAGUCAGCCCAGGCUGUGGUUGAGAAAGUCCCCCUCACUUCACUGGGCACAGGACUGCCAUCUCCAGCUACCCCACGGUCGUCCGCUCUGGCACUCCACAGCCUUGUCUCCAGCUCCCGGCACUUGUCUCCGUUCCUGGUCGUGCCCUGCUCCACCAUGCCUUUGCAUGCACUGCGCCCUCUACCUGGGCUGCCCUUUCUCCCAUCUUCACCUGUGCGCUUCUGGGCAGCUUUCGAGCUCCAGCUCGCAUGUCAUCUCCAGGUGCCUCCCAGGGCGCCUGCUGCCGAGAUCACAUUUGACACACUGCUGCCAUAUGGCGCCAAGCAGAUGUGUGCUCACAUUGGUCUCUGCCCAACUCUGACCAACUGCUGCCACUCCACUGUGAGCAAGAGCGUGGUCUCGCCUGCUCCCUGUCAUGCCCACCAAGGCCUCAGACGGGCCUUCAGAGGUGGGGAGCUCACUUCCACUCGCCAGCAUGGCCCUUGAUGCCCGCCUCUGGUUCCUCCAGGUGGUGGUGCCACCUUCACAGUUCUUUGUCCCCAGCGUCCUCUCCUCGGGAGGCCAUGGGCCACACCUGGCAUGUGGGUUUCAGCCCGCACACUUCACCAGUCUCAAACUCCCUUCUCUGUGACGUUUGCCUGCACGAGUCACCCCUGAACCUGUAGAAAACCAGUCUUCCCAAGAGAGCCGAGUGUGAGGGGCGUGCCUUCUGAUGCAGGAAAAUGCAAAACUGCUGGUAAGAAAGCCUAGGAGCCCGGUGUCGAGAGAAGACAGCAGUAGACACGGAGAACGAGAUCUUUAAUCCUCCAGUCGGCGAAGUCUCCCUUCAGGAUCAGGUCAUCACUCCUCAGGUGGUCUCCCUCAGGAUCAAGUCAUCUCUCCUCAGAAAGUCUCCCUUGAGAUCGAGACAUUUCUCCUGUGGAAGUUUCCCUCAGGAUCGGGUCAUCUCUCUUAAGGAAGUCUCCUCUCAGGAUCGAGUCAUAUCUCUUCAGGAAGUUUCCCAUCAGGAUCAGAUCUUCACUCCUGAGGAAGUUUCCCUCAGCAUCAGGUCCUCUCUCCUCGGGAAGUCUCCCUCAGGACCAGGUCAUUUCUCCUUAGGAAGUCUCCCCUCAGAAUCAGUUCAUUUCUCUACAGGAAGUCUUCCCUCAGGAUCAGGUCAUCACUCCUCAGGUGGUCUCCCUCAGGAUCAAGUCAUCUCUCCUCAAGAAGUCUCCCUUGAGAUCAGGUCAUCGCUCCUCAAGAAGUCUCUCCUCAGAAUCAAUCUUCUCUCCUCAGGAAGUCUCUCCUCAAGAUCAGAUCAUAUCUUAUCAGGAAGUCUCUCCUGAGGAUCAAGUCAUCUCUCUUCAGGAAGUCUCCCUCAGGAUUGAGUCAUCUCUCGGGAAGUCCCUCUCAGGAUCGGGUCAUCACUCCUUAGGAAGUCUCCCCUCAGGAUCUCUCCUCAAGAAGUCUCCCCUGAAGAUCAGGUCAUCUCUCCUCAGGAAGUCUCCCAGGAUUGGGUCAUCUCUCCUCAAGAUUAGGAUUAGAUGCUGGACGAGAACCACCAUCUGAUCCAGUGCAUCCUGGACCACCAGAGCAAGGGCAAGACAGCCGAGUGUGCCCAGUACCAGCAGAUCCUGCACCGGAACCUGGUCUACCUGGCCACGAUCGCAGACUCCAACCAGAACAUGCAGUCCCUGCUCCCCGCCCCGCCAACCCAGAACAUGAACCUGGGCCCCGGAGCGCUGUCCCAGAGCGGCUCCAGCCAGGGCCUGCACUCCCAGGGCAGCCUCAGCGACGCCAUCGGCACAGGCCUGCCCGCAUCCUCCCUCUUGCAGGGCCAGAUCGGCAAUGGUCCGAACCACGUGUCCAUGCAGCAGACGGCACAGAGCACUCUGCCUACCACCUCCAUGAGCAUGUCGGGCAGCGGCCAUGGCACGGGGCCUGGCUACAGUCACUCAGGACCCGCCUCGCAGAGUGUGCCCCUGCAGGGGCAAGGCGCCAUUGGCAACUAUGUGUCUCGGGCCAACAUCAACAUGCAGUCCAACCCAGUGUCCAUGAUGCACCAGCAGGCAGCCUCAUCCCACUACAACUCGGCACAGGGCGGGAGCCAGCACUACCAGGGCCAGUCGUCCAUCGCCAUGAUGGGCCAGAGCGGCCAGGGCAGCAGCAUGAUGGGGCAGCGGCCCAUGGCACCCUACCGGCCCUCGCAGCAAGGCUCGUCCCAGCAGUACCUGGGCCAGGAGGAGUACUACGGCGAGCAGUACGGCCACGGCCAGGCUGCCGCGGAGCCCAUGGGCCAGCAGUACUACCCCGACGGGCAUGGUGAUUACGCCUACCAGCAGUCGUCCUACACGGAGCAGAGCUACGACCGGUCGUUCGAGGAGUCCACACAGCACUACUAUGAGAGCGGAAACUCCCAGUACAGCCAGCAGCAGGCGGGGUACCAGCAGGGCGCGGCGCAGCAGCAGACCUACCCCCAGCAGCAGUACCCCAGCCAGCAGGGCUACCCUGGGCAGCAGCAAGGAUACGGGCCUGCCCAGGGAGCCCCCUCCCAGUACUCCAGCUACCAGCAAGGACAGAGCCAGCAGUAUGGAAGCUACAGAGCGUCUCAGACGGGCCCAUCCGCCCAGCAGCAGCGGCCUUACGGCUAUGAGCAGGGCCAGUAUGGAAAUUACCAGCAGUAAGGGACAAGCAUUCUUCUUGGAGCCUUGUGGUGGCCCGUCCAUCCAGGGGUGGAUGGGCCGGUGGCAGUUCUCAUGAACUGUAACCCGUUGGUUGCCCCUCGUCCCACGCAGUGUCUGCACGUAAAGCGUGCACAUGGCAUGCUGGGUGUGAUGCUGAGCGUGCACUGCUGGCGGGAGACAGCGCUUUGAUGGUGUGACAUAUUUGGUGCUGUGUAUAGUAUUGUAUGUCCAUACAAUGGAGAGCUUGUCCCUUUUUUGUCCCCCUGUUGAUGUUUCUAGCUAACUUUAGGGGUUCUUUGGUCAUCAGAGUGUUCUGUGCCCAGUGAUGGGGCAUAUCUACAAGACGCCAUUGUCCGUGUAUUCAUACAAACAGACCUUAGGUCUGACUCUCCUCGUGCAGUUGUAACGUGGGUCGUAACUUUAUCUUUCACUGGCUACAUCGCAGCUGGACCUGCGCGCACAGCCCCAGAGCGGCGGCCUUUCCUGGGCUCGAUGGGGCUCUGGGAGGCAUCUUCUGUGGUGCAGGUCAGUUUCUGUUACACACUGGAAAGGAAAAAUGUGCUUCAUUGGGAACGGCUGUGAACCGUCAUUUCUGGAGCUCGCUCGUUGCCUGUGUUGCUCACCAGUUCUGUUUAUCCAAAAGGUUGUGUGAUUUUGUAUUAAAAAGUAAAGAGGGAUCAAUGACUAUGUUCCAAAUAGGUAUGAACCCAAGAAGGCAGUGUGAUGAGCCUGACCCGGGAGAGCGGCACGACUGCGGGAAGGAGAGGGGGGCCUCUGAAAUUGCUAUGGCUUUGGCCCUGGUAUAUCUGACAGUCAUUUCUGGGAUCUGAAUAUUUAAUGUGCCCAAUUCGAAAUUUAUAAUUUAAAAUAUUGUCCACAUACUUGUCCAAUACCAAAUUGUCCAAACAGGACCUUUUGUUUAUAUUCUUUCUUCUAGUACCUAUGUGUUCGGGAUUCCAAGCAAGUGUUCCUUUUCUUUUAGGGACAUCUGAAAUUCACAUCUCAUUUUUGAAAAGGACCCCACUAACUUUACUGUGUUCUUCCUAAUGAAAAGGAAAGGUUUUAUAUAGAGAUUUGAAUAAUUUUUACAUUCCUAGGACAUUAAAUCCCAUUUAAAUUCUGUGCAAACAUUAAAGACAGCUCACUUGGAAAAGUACGGUCCAAGGAAAAAUCCUACAUUUCACCAAUAAGUAAUAUGGACAUUUUAUCAACCUUGGAUAAUAAUAUCCAUAUUUACUAUGAAUCCUUUAAAAACAUCUCUGGAUAAAUGGUGGCAUAUUUCCAAGACCAACCGAGAACAUACAAAAAAUAUCCAAUUCUUGAUAUAUCAGGUCUACUGAAGAUUAUAUAUUUGUUUUGUUUAAAAAAUUUAAAGUUCUUUAUCCAGUGUUGAAUGCUGUACAGUUUACAAGGCAUUUUAAUGGUUUUUUUUUUUUUUUUUUUUUUCUUAAAUGAGUCCUAACAAUCCACCCUGAGAAAUUGGAGGCAAGUACUGUUCCCUUGUUACAGAGGAAGAACCGGGGCUCAGGCUGGAGGGCUGCCAGUUGAGGGCAGUCUCCCCUCUUCUGUGGAGACAGUCACACACACACUGGAUAAAAGCAUUUAUUUUCUAAGCGUAUGGGUUUUAAAAACCUUAACACUGGUAAAAGCUUAAAAAUACCUAUCUAUAUUAAAUUACUGCGAUGAGAGUUGUUAGUUGCUGAAUGACACACAGUAGCAAUUUCAUUUAGGGAGUUGUCGCCCUUGGUUUUGUUCUCUUCUGUCCUGACAAUUUCCAUAAAACUAAUUGCAAACUCAUUCGGGGACUAAAAUUUCCCACUGAAAACGUUAAACAUUUUAGGUCACUGUGACAAUGGUUGAUUUUUAUCCCUUGCCAGUCUGGGAAUAUUCCUUUUAUGUGUUUUUUUUUAAGUGCUGUAUCAAUACUUUUCGAAAAAAAGGACACUUAAAAAACUUAUCCCGAAACUUCAAUCUGAAAUGUCUUACAUUAAGAAUUUCUUGAAUGUUGUGUAUAUAUUUUAAAAAGCACUUUGUGAAAUAGUUUGUACAUUGAUUUCCUAAUUUAUACAUGAUUUUUGGUGUUAAUAUAUUUAAUGAUCGAUAACAGAAUGUUUAUUUAAUGUUGUCCAUUUUUCUGUAAUAUUGUGGGGAAGAAGUGAUGCCAACAGUCCUUUUUCACUAACUGUAUUAUAUGUGCUCUUCUGUGAUAUGAAUGUUUGCAGAAGCUUAGGCGAAAACGAAUUGUUUGUGCAGUGUGGUGGGUGGCGCUUUGUUUUUAUGACCACUUCUACAGAAGUCCAGUAAAGAGGCAAAGGAAGACUUGGAAAUAGACGCUCAGCCUUCUUCCUAUUGUCCCCGACACCCAGCAGGUUGUGAAUCUGAAAAACGAUGACCACAAUUUUCAGAAGUGCUGACAAGUUCAUAUUGGUAUGCGAAAGCUCAUCACCCAUUAGGGUUUAUUGUUGAACCAACGGUAUCUGUGGACUCAGCUGUUAAAAGUACUUAGAACUCACACUGAGAGUGAGAAUGGAUGGCGUUGAGACGGACAAGGUCUCCAGGACCUCGAGGGGAGCCUUAAUAUGCUCUUGCAGUUGGAGCCUAAGUGAGCCCCUGAUUUUAUCAGAGGUUUUGUGUAUAUAGGUCUGAAUAUCGGGCAUCCAUUCAAAGUUGCACAAAGAGGAAGACUGUUUCCGUUUCCGUUUGAAAUGUUUGAGUCAAACUUCAUUUCUAUUUAUUGAACAGGUCAAAUUUGUCUUAUUUGUGAGCACAGUACAUUUUUUGAAAAACAUCUUUAUUGGUUCAUUUUUUUUUUAAGUCAGAGUUUGGCGUCUAAAUUGUUUAUGCUUUUGGUGUAAUCUAUUAAUAAACUGGUUCUUCAGAAAUCA